UGUGUUGCAUUGCAUAAGCUAUAAGCAACCAAAUGAAAAACGCUUACUAGCUGAAGUCGCUUCUCCAAAGCUUUUUCCUAUUUUCGCUUUCUCCUCCUACUCCUCCCUCUUCUCUGCGGAGAAGAGAGGAGAGAGAAAAAAAAAGUUAUUUCAUUCUAUCAAGCCAAACAAAAAGGCAUUGCUCUCAGACCAUCUCCGUUCCCCAAUUCCAUUCAAAUUUCCUCAACUCUUCGCUCUUUUUUAGGUUUCUCGUCGCUCUCUCGAAGAAUAUCUUUCUUUCGCAUUCCGAGUCGUAGAUAUACUGUUUUUCCCUCUCAAUGGUAUGUUCACCUGGUAGUGGGAGAAUGGAGGUCAUGGCAAGGGUUCUGGCCGCAGGAAGUUUCUCUCAAACUGUAGCAGAUGACUUUGCCCGACAGAAGUCAGCUUCUGAGUAUAUUUAUAGACAACUGCGUGAUGCAGAUGAAUCAAAUUUGCUCACUGAAGAAGAUAUGCAAGUCUAUGGUGAGAGACCCAUGACUGAUCCCCUGCAGCUGGUAUGCUGCAACACUUGCAAGAAACCAAUCAAGGACAGCCAAUUUGCAGCUCAUGCAGAACUUUGUAGAUCAUUAAAGCCUACAGUACAAACUGGCUUGGAGCUUGAUGGCAACACAGGGAAACGGAAGCCUCCAAGGAAAGAAAGGAAAAAGUUAACAACUUUUUGUGCGACUACUGCAGUUGGGGAGCGGAGACGACCCGGGUUUGUGGAUAAUAUUGACAUUGCUGUAUCUCAAUCCCACUUGAACAGUCAAAUCACAGUGACUCCCUUUUCCACUAAGGUUAAAGAUGCAGCACCUAUGUUGGAUGAUACCGGAAUUAAAAGUGGAAACAGAGGUCUCCAAGCUUCAGUAAUGUAUCCUCCAACAAAACGUCAUAAAUUGAUAGCAAGCACACAUCUUGAUGUACAAGAAAGACAUGGGGCAGAGUCUGGGGUGACAAAAACUGUGAGUUUAACAGAUGGAAUUACUCGGAAGGAAUUGAUUGAAAAGACUGUUUCAGAACAUGGAGACCCUGUUCAUAAAAAUGUUGGGCAGGUCCAUAUGCAACACCAGCACGUGACAAAGAAUGAUUUUCCUGCACCUCUUGCUACAAAGAUAUAUUAUUCACAAAGGACCAAUCGACUGCGUGCUGCUCUUCGUCAUAUGUACUUUGAGAAUUUGAGUGAGGAAUUAUGUACUGAUGUUGCGGGUCCAAAGACAUCACAUGAAGAGAUGGUUCCAUUUCAAGAUUCAUCUCAGGGGGACCCUUCGUUUGAACAAAUGGACAGUGUCCUCAACAAAGAGAGCCGCUCGGCAAUGAUGUACUCUGCCCAAAAAUCUGAUCAUAUUCGUGCAAAAAGCUCAGAAGUUUGCUUGCUCAAAGCAGGAGGUGUGCCUAGUGGUGGCUUGGCGAAUCAGUUUCUUCUUGACAAUGUUUCAAUGUCUGCAGCAACUCAUGUUGGUUUAACAAGAGGCAGUUUUCUUCCGAAGUCUUAUUCUUUUGCAAGCAACACAGGAAAUCCUCUGGGAACCAUGCAACAAACAAAUGGGAGUGUUCCUGUUGUUUAGUACACCAUUGGUGGGAAUUUUUUGGCUAGGUGAAAGUACAGGUAACCGGUAGAUUGAGGUUAGGUUUUAGCUCCUUUUUUGAAGCCGAUAAAGUAAAUUACUCAAAUUGUUUAUCCUGUCAUAUGCUUUGUAAAUGAAAACUUCUGUUAUAUAAUAGAUGGCAAAGAAAAUUUUCAUUGAGCCAGAAUUUCAUGCUUC